AUGUCCUCGGGCCGCGACGCCAGCUUCCCGCUGCACCUCCUGGUCUGGAACAAUGACUACCCGCAGCUGGAGAAGGAGCUGCGGGACCAGAUUGCAGAAGCUCUGGACCCACGGGGUCGGACAUUACUGCACCUUGCGGUUUCUUUGGGGCAUUUGGAAUCUGCUCGAGUGUUGCUGCGACAUAAAGCAGAUGUGACCAAAGAAAAUGGCCAGGGAUGGACAGUUCUGCAUGAAGCUGUGAGCACGGGUGAUGCCGAGAUGGUCUACACCGUCCUGCAACACUGAGACUACCAUAACACAUCCAUGGCCCUUGGAGGUGUACCUGAGCUGCUACACAAGAUUCUCGAGGCCCCGGAUUUCUAUGUGCAGAUGAAAUGGGAGUUCACCAGCUGGGUGCCCUUGGUCUCUAGAAUCUGCCCGAAUGAUGUCUGUCGCAUUUGGAAUGGUGCUAAGCUGCGCGUGGACAUCACUUUGCUGGGGUUUGAGAACAUGAGCUGGAUAAGAGGGAGACGAAGUUUCAUAUUUAAGGGAGGAGACAACUGGGCAGAGCUGAUGGAAGUCAACCACGAUGACAGAGUGGUCACCACUGAACACUUCGACCUUUCCCAAGAAAUGGAGCGCCUCACCCUGGACCUCAUGAAGCCAAAGAGCAGGGAGGUUGAGAGGCGGCUCACGAGCCCAGUCAUCAACACCAGCCUCGACACUAAGAAUAUUGCCUUUGAAAGAACUAAAUCCGGAUUCUGGGGCUGGAGGACAGAUAAAGCAGAAGUUGUUAAUGGUUACGAAGCCAAGGUUUACACGGUCAACAAUGUGAGUGUGAUCACCAAAAUCCGCACGGAGCACCUGACAGAGGAGGAAAAGAAGAGGUACAAAGAGGACCGGAAUCCACUGGAGUCUCUGCUGGGAACUGUGGAACAUCAGUUUGGUGCUCAAGGGGACCUCACUACGAAGUGUGCCACCGUGAACAACCCCACGGCCAUCACACCCGACGAGUACUUUGACGAAGACUUUGAUCUGAAAGACAGGGACAUUGGAAGGCCAAAGGAGCUGACGAUCCGAACACAGAAGUUUAAAGCUACACUGUGGAUGUGUGAAGAGUUCCCGCUCUCCCUCGUGGAACAGGUCAUUCCCAUCAUUGACCUCAUGGCUCGGACCAGCGCUCAUUUUGCAAGAUUGAGAGAUUUCAUCAAAUUGGACUUUCCUCCUGGAUUCCCUGUCAAAAUAGAAAUCCCCUUGUUUCACGUUUUGAACGCACGGAUUACAUUUGGAAAUGUUAAUGGCUGUAGCACCGCUGAAGAGAGUCAGAAUGUGGAGGGGAUCCAGGCCGACACAGCUUCCGAGGUCACAAGCUUUGAGGUUGAUCAGUCUGUGUUUGAAAUUCCUGAGUCCUAUCAUGUUCAAGAUAAUGGCAGAAACGUGCAUCUCCAGGAUGAGGACUAUGAAAUAAUGCAGUUUGCCAUCCAGCAGAGCCUGUUGGAGUCCAGCAGGAGCCAGGAACUUUCGGGACCAGCUUCAAAUGGAGGGAUCAGCCCCACCCACAGCUAUGAAGCCCAGUAUGAGAGGGCCAUCCAGGAGAGCCUCCUAACCACCAUGGAAGGCCCGUGCCCAGGUGCCCUCAGUGAGUCGAGCCGCUUUGAUAGUGACCUGCAGCUGGCCAUGGAGCUGUCUGCCAAAGAGCUGGCCGAACAGGAGCUAAGGCUCCAGGAGGAAGAGGCCGAACUCCAGCAAGUCUUGCAGCUGUCACUCACCGAGAAAUAGACAUUUCUGUCCAGGGGCUGCGCGGGAGUGCUUCGUCAGCUGAGACCCGACAGGCAGAGGGGCCUACACUCCUGCAGACAGCAGCUGCCCCUUCCUUAUGCAAAGGAGCAGGCCCAGGGACUCCCCAGAAUGGAGAAGGGGAGCACUGGCAGGCCCCAUCUCCAGGCUGAGGGGAGGGGCAUCGUCACCUUCCAUUAGCUGCCCUGGCUUGCAGGUCACAUCUCUACUACCAGCUUUAGACAGACGCCAAGCCCUGCGGGUUAGCAGAGACAUCUUAAUCAGGAGUUCUAACAGUUCCUGUAGGGUCAGGGUGCUUUCUACACGGGAGCAGCGGCCUUUGUAGAGUGCUCACCAAAGAAACGGGUUAUGCUGGCCUCUCCAUUUCCCUUCCUGUAGGGUCCCUAGGAUAGGACUUUGCCGCCAUUACACCUCCUCAUCUCUACCUUGUCC